GCGCCGCCCGCCCCUGGCCUCUCGCUCGCAGCUUGUCCCCCCCGCCCCUCCGGCCCCGCGCCCUGGUCUCGCGCCAUGGCGGCCGCCGCCGAGGAGCCGUUCCCGUUCCACGGGCUCCUGCCCAAGAAGGAGACUGGCGCCGCCGCCUUCCUCGCCCGCUUCCCGGACUUUGACGGGCGAGGGGUGCUGCUGGCCGUGCUGGACACCGGCGUGGACCCCGGGGCGCCGGGCAUGCAGAUUACAACUGAUGGGAAACCGAAGAUAAUUGAUAUAAUUGACACCACAGGCAGUGGUGAUGUAACUACAUGUACCAUUGCAGAACCUAAAGAUGGAGAAAUUACUGGUCUUUCUGGAAGAAUUUUAAAGAUUCCAGCAAACUGGGUAAAUCCUUCAGGCAAAUAUCACAUUGGCAUAAAAAAUGGCUAUGAUAUCUAUCCUAAAGCUCUUAAGGAGAGGAUUCAGAAAGAGCGCAAGGAAAAGCUCUGGGAUCCUGUUCACAGGCUGGCUCUAGCAGAGGCCUGUAGGAAACAGGAAGAAUUUGAUGCUGCUCAUAGCUCUCCCUCACAGGUAAAUAAGCUAAUAAAGGAAGAACUUCAAAAUCAAGUAGAAUUGUUGAAUUCUUUUGAGAAAAAAUACAGUGAUCCUGGUCCAGUAUAUGAUUGUGUAGUGUGGCAUGAUGGUGAGACCUGGAGAGCCUGCAUAGAUACAAGUGAGAGUGGUGACUUAACUAACUGUACAGUGCUGAGAACCUACAGAGAGGCUCAGGAAUAUGGAUCUUUUGGAACAUCUGAGAUGUUGAAUUAUUCUGUGAAUAUAUAUGAUGAUGGAAACCUCCUUUCCAUUGUGACAAGUGGAGGAGCACAUGGAACACAUGUGGCUAGUAUUGCAGCUGGAUACUUUCCAGAAGAACCAGAACGAAAUGGUGUGGCUCCUGGAGCUCAGAUUCUUGCAAUUAAGAUUGGUGAUACAAGACUAAGUACAAUGGAAACUGGCACUGGUCUAAUAAGAGCUAUGAUAGAAACAAUAAAGUACAAAUGUGAUCUUGUCAACUACAGCUAUGGGGAAGCGACACACUGGCCAAAUUCUGGGAGAAUUUGUGAAGUGAUUAAUGAAGCAGUGUGGAAACACAAUGUAAUCUAUGUUUCAAGUGCAGGAAAUAAUGGUCCUUGCCUUUCUACAGUUGGAUGUCCUGGUGGAACUACAUCUAGUGUAAUAGGUGUUGGUGCCUAUGUGUCACCUGACAUGAUGGUUGCUGAAUACUCUCUGAGGGAAAAACUGCCAGCAAAUCAAUACACGUGGUCAUCCAGAGGGCCUAGCACUGAUGGAGCCCUUGGAGUAAGUAUCAGUGCCCCAGGAGGUGCUAUUGCUUCUGUUCCAAACUGGACUCUGCGAGGAACACAGCUCAUGAAUGGCACAUCCAUGUCUUCUCCCAAUGCAUGUGGAGGCAUUGCAUUAGUACUGUCAGGACUCAAAGCUAAUAAAGUUCAUUACACUGUUCAUUCUGUCAGAAGAGCAUUAGAAAAUACUGCAGUGAAAGCUGAAAACAUAGAAGUAUUUGCACAAGGACAUGGUAUUAUUCAGGUUGAUAAAGCCUAUGACUACCUCGUUCAGAAUUCAUCAUUCACAAGUAACAUCGGUUUCACAGUUACUGUUGGCAGCAACCGUGGAAUCUACCUCAGGGAUCCAGCCCAGAUAGUGGCACCAUCUGAUCAUGGGGUUGGCAUAGAACCUGUCUUUCCUGAGAAUACAGAAAACACUGAAAGAAUAUCUCUCCAGCUUCAUUUAGCUUUAACUUCAAAUGCACCAUGGGUCCAGUGUCCUAGUCAUUUAGAGCUCAUGAACCAGUGUCGGCACAUAAAUAUUCGUGUAGAUCCACGUGGCCUGAGAGGAGGAGUACAUUAUACAGAGGUGUGUGGAUAUGAUACAGCAAUGCCUAAUGCAGGCCCUCUGUUCAGAGUUCCAAUCACUGUUGUUAUACCAACAAGAGUAGAUGAAUCAUCAAGCUAUGACCUAACACACACAGAUGUUCAUUUUAAACCUGGUCAGAUCCGAAGGCACUUCAUUGAUGUUCCACAGGGAGCUACAUGGGCUGAAGUGACAGUGUGUUCGUGUUCAGCUGAUGUGACUGCCAAGUUUGUGCUUCAUGCUGUUCAGCUCGUGAAACAAAAAGCAUACAGGAGUCAUGAGUUCUACAAAUUUUCAUCCUUACCAGAAAAAGGCUCAAUUACUGAAGCAUUUCCUGUCUUAGCUGGAAAAACCAUUGAAUUUUGUGUUGCUCGGUGGUGGGCAAGCCUUAGUGAUGUUAGCAUUAAUUACACAAUUUCUUUCCAUGGUGUACUUUGUGGUGCUCCUCAGUUAAACAUGCACGCUUCAGAAGGCAUUGUACGGUUUGAUGUUCAGUCCCUGUUGAAAUACGAAGAUAUUGCUCCAUGUAUAAAUCUGAAAAGCUGGGUUCAAACGCUCAGACCAGUGAGUGCGAAAAUAAAACCUUUGGGCUCCAGAGAUAUUUUACCAAAUAACCGUCAGCUGUAUGAGAUGAUUUUGACCUAUAACUUCCAUCAGCCUAAGAGUGGAGAAGUAACUCCAAGCUGUCCACUUCUUUGUGAAUUAUUGUACGAAUCUGAAUUUGAUAGUCAACUCUGGAUUAUUUUUGACCAGAACAAAAGACAGAUGGGUUCAGGAGAUGCCUAUCCACACCAGUAUUCUGUGAAACUGGAAAAAGGAGAUUACACUAUUCGGUUACAAAUUCGUCACGAGCAGAACAGUGAGCUGGAUCGCAUCAAAGACCUGCCAUUUAUUGUUUCUCAUAGGUUGUCUAGUACCUUGAGCUUAGAUAUUUAUGAAAACCAUAGCCUUGCUCUUUUGGGGAAGAAGAAAUCCAACAGUUUGACAUUACCACCAAAACACAGUCAGCCAUUCUUUGUUACAUCUCUGCCUGAUGACAAAAUACCUAAAGGAGCAGGACCCGGAUGUUAUCUUGCAGGAAGUCUUACUCUGUCUAAAACAGAACUUGGAAAGAAAGCUGAUGUCCUUACUGUUCAUUAUCACCUGAUACCAUCACCAUCAAAGAGUAAAAAUGGCAGCAAAGAAAAAGAAAAAGAACAGGAAAAAGAAAAAGAUGCAAAAGAAGAAUUUGCUGAAGCUUUAAGAGACCUAAAAAUACAGUGGAUGACCAAGCUGGAUACCACUGACAUGUAUAGCGAGUUGAAAGAAGCAUUUCCUAAUCAUCUUCCUCUGUAUGUUGCAAGACUUCAUCAGCUGGAUUCUGAAAAGGAACGAAUGAAAAGACUUGAUGAAAUUGUUGAAGCUGCAAAUACAGUAAUCUCUCAUAUUGAUCAAACAGCAUUAGCAGUAUAUUUUGCCAUGAAGACUGAUCCCAGGCCUGAUGCAACUACUAUAAAAAAUGAAAUGGAAAAACAGAAGAGUACUUUAGUGGAUGCACUUUGUCGAAAGGGAAGUGCGCUGGCUGACCAGCUUCUUCAUCUGCAGGCCCAAGAAGGGGCUGCUUCCAGUGAUGCAGAAGGCAAAGAUGAGGAUCAUGAGAGCUGCUCAGAAGCAUUGACAGAAACAUUCUGGGAAACAACAAAAUGGACUGAUCUUUUUGACAGCAAGGUUUUGACUUUUGCCUAUAAGCAUGCAUUGGUAAAUAAAAUGUAUGGAAGAGGUCUCAAGUUCGCCACAAAACUUGCAGAAGAAAAGCCAACAAAGGACAACUUAAAAAACUGCAUUCAGCUAAUGAAGUUGCUUGGAUGGACUCAUUGUGCAACUUUCACUGCAAAUUGGCUUCCUGUGAUGUAUCCACCUGAUUAUUGUGUAUUCUAGAGAAUCAACAACUGUAAAAUUACAAUGAUUUUAUAUGGGACAGGAUAGGAAAAGAGAAGUUUGACUUUUUAUUCGAACGCAUGUUUUCGUUACUGAAUGCUGAUUAUUAAAUUGUGUGUAUUUAUCAGUAAAGGCACCUGGGUAUGGCUUAAUACCUGUUAACCUAACUCCUGUCAUCAGGAGUUCCUUAUUGUGCAUCCCAUUGCUGGCAAUGGAUGUGCCAGAACUGCCAACAUCAAGGAUUUGGAAUUAGUUUGGAAAGAAUUGCUGCAUGCAUGUUAUGUUCUGAAUUGUUACUUUUAACUGCAAACUGGUAAAAGUUCUGUAUUUUUUAUGGUACACUGAAUUUUAACAUGUUUGAUCUUAAUUUCAAUUGUAUGAAGGCCUUAAAGCUACUUCAAGAGUAGCUAAAAUUUUACUUAUUAGAUGAAAAUAAUGGACACCUGUAUUGUUUGCAAGAGUUUACAUUUAAUGUUUUUAAGAAAAAUUCAACCUCUCAAACAGUUGCAAUGUUUCUCAGAAUUGCUGAUGCAUAGGUACUCUUGUAAAUUUUCAGAACUCUUCAUUUUGGAGUGAUUUCAGGCAAGCUCAGAAGUCCUGGUGAAGCUGACUAUGAUGACAGGCUGAUACAUGUAUAAAGGUGCCAGACAGUUACAUCUUGAUCAAAUAUUGUAAAGCUAUACAUAGAUGUUUAUUAAUGUUAAAAAUAUAAAACACAGCAGAAUAAAUGUGCAAAGUUGAAGAUCAAAAAACCACCAUGUUCACUCUGAUACUUUACAAGAUUUUUAUAAUGAAUAAAAAUACUGAAGCUAAAAAUUG